AGAAUAAAAUAUAUCAUUUUAGUUGCCAGCCACUGGAGAUAUUUUGACGCCAUGAUUAAACCACAACACAGCCUACACAGUGUAUCGUUCGUUCCUGAAUUUGAUUAAUUGGGGGGUUCAACUGUCACUGGGAUUAUUCCAAGAGACUAGUAUCAUGUUUUUGCUAGUUGGUGUGUAUUCUGAUGAGAUUCCACUCUAGCGCGCAUCGUUUGGCGGAAUUUGGGCGCGGUCUGGAAAUGGAACGCCAACCUCCAAUCAGCAACAAGCAUGAGGAUGACGUAAUCGAAGGCGGCUCCUACGCUGGCCCAUAAAUACCGGGUAUUGGUCCACAAUUUUGCAUUCGUUUUCAUCUUAGAGAAAAAGAAGCAAUUAUACAACAAUGGCAAGAACCAAGCAAACUGCCCGCAAGUCCACUGGCGGCAAAGCCCCAAGGAAGCAGCUGGCUACCAAGGCUGCCCGCAAGAGCGCCCCGGCUACGGGCGGCGUGAAGAAGCCCCAUCGCUACAGGCCCGGUACCGUGGCCUUGAGGGAGAUCCGUCGUUAUCAGAAGUCCACCGAGCUCCUGAUCCGCAAGCUUCCUUUCCAGCGUCUAGUCAGGGAAAUCGCCCAGGACUUCAAGACCGACCUGCGCUUCCAGAGUUCUGCAGUCAUGGCUCUUCAGGAGGCCAGCGAGGCUUACCUGGUCGGCCUGUUCGAGGACACUAACCUGUGCGCCAUUCACGCCAAGAGGGUUACCAUCAUGCCCAAGGACAUCCAGCUGGCUCGCCGCAUCCGUGGGGAGCGUGCUUAAAUUAUUAAUUGAUAAACAAAAGGCUCUUUUAAGAGCCACCAACUAUGCACUUUAAACUGCAAAUUCCACGUUGAAUAUUGUAUCGCGGGACCUCAUAGUUUGUGCUAGCCCUACAAGGAGAAG